UUUCACACUACAAGACCGUACACCACGCACCUUCCGUACGAGGCUGAUCCCGUGUGCAUGCCUCGUUCUCCCGAUAAACGCUGGCCUUCGCCUAGCGAACGGGAGGACCGGAACCGUCGCUCGGGUCCUCCUCCUCCCUAUGCCUCGACGUCUUCCUCUUCCGUCGUCCCGUCAUCGUCUGCGAGGUAUGACUACGACUAUGACUCGAGAUAUGGGUAUAAACGAGACGAGAGGAGGUAUGAACCUAGAGAGAGGGAGAGGGACCGGUAUGACGACGAUCGGAGGAGGACGUGGACGGGUCGACCUGCGCCUGCACCUGCUUCUGGGUUAGGGGAUCGUGAUAGAGAAUGGGAAAGGGAACGGGAACGGGAGCGGGAUAGAAGGGAUACACGGCCAGAGUAUACGGACAGCUAUAGACCUGCCUACGGACGAGACAACCCCCGUUCUUCCGCCCCGACCACGACGGCUUACCGCAACCCUUCUCCCAUCCCUCAAUCCCACCCUUAUUCCCAUCCUUCACAUGCUGCACAUCCACAUUCCCACUCUCACCCUCAAUCGUAUGCCCACACCCAGCACCCUUACCAUCAGCAACCGCGACCACAGGCACAAUCACGAUCACAAACCCCGACGCACCCAACCUCGAAUCCGAGGUCUAAAUCUAAGACUCCACCUAGAUCUCCGAGCGUACAUACCGAGGAUGAAGGGUAUUCCACUGAAGAAGGAAUGAUCACACCGAAGAAACCCAAGCCGAAGGAUUUACCCAAUCUCGUGCGGGGUUCGUCUAUCGACCUGAAAGAUGAUCCUGAACGCAAGGGAAACGCCAAGAUCGGAUCUGCAGACAUGACCGGUCCGGUGGAUCCCUCCUCGAUACCAAACCCAGCCUCAGUCCGGGCACUGGGUAUAUCUACCGGAGUUGUUGAAGCUACAGCCCCGAAGACCGAGGUCAAGAUGGAAGAGCCUGAACAACAAAUUGAGAACGGAGCGGCAACCGAUAAGACUGAAGCAGAAGCUGGAGAGAUCAGGGAACAACCUCCGACUCGGACUCGAGUUCGGGCUGUCUCGGCGGCAUCGGUCUCAGGGAUUUCAGAGAAUGUUCCUCCAUUGGAGAUCGGGGAGAUUAUUCCACCUGUGAGGGAUCUAUCGAACGGAACGAGGCACGAUGAUUUACCGCCCAAAUCGGAUGGUCGAGCUCGAUCCCCGAAUCGCCUCGCCAGUAUAGAGCCGGAAAGGCAUCCGCGGGAGGGGGCCUCUCUUAACGGGGCCGGCCGUGCAGGAUACUCUAACUCGACUUCGAAUACGGGUUCGGGUUCCAAUUACGGAGCACGGUAUGGUGAUCGAGAGCGGGAUGGAAUUAAAGGCAGGGACGAUUACGACAGGGAUUAUGACCGAGGUCGGAUAGGGAGCGCAGGCUAUACUAGAGGAAGCGGGAGAGGUGUAGGCGGACCCCGCUCGAGGUAUCCAGAAAACAAUCGGAGGAGAUCCAGAUCACGCUCGAGGUCGGCCUCUAGGUCGAGAUCGAGAGAACCCCGACCAAUAGGCCAAGCGCAAGGCCAGACUGCCGCCCCGUACGCCUCGCAGGUCCUCUCCGCGCCUAAGGUCGAAUCGCAGUCGAUACCGGCCCGACAAGGACGUUCACGCUCUCCGCUUGGUAGAACACCUGCGCCGUUCAAUAGGAAACGAUCACGAUCACGGUCCAGUCGGAGCUCGUCUUCCCGAUCAAGAUCAAGAUCCCGGUCCCGGUCCCGCUCGUCCACUCGGUCGAAGAAAAUCCCUACAGCUCCCAAAGGCCCGAGGAACUUUAACCCACCUACAGGUCCAAGCGGACGAGGAGGAUACGUUCCGCGAGGCGGGUUCCGAGGGAGAGGGGGAGCUGGGUACCAUCAUGCCCACACGGGAUACGGAGGAAGGGGAGGGUAUGCGGCCCCGGCUUGGGCGCCUAGGUUCCCGGCCGCAGCAGGCCAGACGGGGGCAGUACCGCCUGCAGGGCCAGCUGCGGAUAGAUUGCCAGCUUCCACUCCUGUUGGACCGAGUCUCGAUCGGGAAAGGGAGCGUGAACGGGAACGUGAAAGGGAGAGAGAUAGAGAGAGGGAGAAGGAGAGGGAGAGGGAUAGAGAUGAAAAAGAACGUACGGUACCGGUGGUAGGCAAGUGGGCUGCGAGAAAAGCGAUGGACGCGGCGGAAAGAACGCCAGAGACGCCUUCUCGUCGAGACGAUAGGGCGUUACCUCUUAGCAGCUCGCCGAUCCGUCCGACCGAGACAUCGGCAAGAGAUCACCGGUCGGCUAGGGAAACCGGAAGGUCGCCCAUAUACGAAAAGAAUGAAGACGAUAUGAAGCGGGCGGGCGUGAGCAGACAGGAUACAGGAGGAUCAUUCCCGGGAAGCGGCAAGCGGGAAGAUACCGCACUGCCAUCGCCAUCUCUGAAUCCUUAUCAGCCGAGACAAGAGGUCCGGAUCUCCUUGACCCAGGCGACCAAACCGGUCCCAGAGAUGGAGAGAAAGAUGCCGACGGCGCUCCCGAGCAUCACGACGCCGAGAUCGAUGGCUUCCCCUGCGCAGGCGGAGGGCGACAAGAAGAUGCAGCAGGUGCUCUCCCCUCUUGGAUCGAGCGUACCUUCUCGCCCCAUCACGCCUGUUCCUCAAGCCGGAGCCGUCAAGCCGGAGUCGCUGCAAGGACCGUCCUCGAGGCCUUCUUCUAGCCACGCACAGCAGCAACAGCCAACACAGCUUCAGAACCCUCAACCCCAGCGUAGUCGCUCGCAUCGACACAUCGAUCGAUCGUGGCGGGGUUAUCCUGUGCCGAAGGAGAUCACUGCUCGACCACAUCAAGUGAGCGAGACGCUCGUUCACGUGCCCGACUCGGACAAGAUGGAAGUGGACGCCCAGGACGGUAACGAUCCGCAGACAGGAUCGAUCAUCAGGAUCAGAACUCGUGAUGCGAUUCCUGGAAUGGAACACCUCGAUGGCGAGCUGACAAGACUUCGCCACGAACGUGAAAAGAUGCACUACGCGUUCCAGUCCCAAGCUGCGUCGUUACGUUGGAAUCGCUUCGACGUUGCCCUGGCCGAACAGGAAUUGGAGGCCGCAAGGAGAAAGACUCAAGCGGCCGGGAUGAUGUACUUUGCGCCCGAGACCUUGGGUCCAAUGUCGCCUUUGCCCCAAAAGGAGGAGUAAUGCCCAAAUCGCACGCUACCCAAAGAACAAAAUAAGACGAGGAGACAAUCUGUGCUUCGAGCCAUAAUGAUGCGUAUUGAAAGUCCUGUGCGACGUUAUUACAUUGUGUAGAUAUGUGCGUGUGUAUGUACGUAAUGUAGGUGGAUGAAUAUGCUCACACGCCCAAACCCGAUUCCUAUACUCUAUGCCGAGACGAGGGAUGAUCUGCC